AUGGCACUUUUUUUUGUUGGCUAUUUUAUUGCUGUAACAAGUACAAUUGCAUUUAUUGUUGCUAUUCUAACACCAAGAUGGAUUUAUCCAAAUAUUUUACCAGUCAGUAACAAUACUCCAUCGUCACCAAGUAAUAACUAUUACCUCGGAAUAUUUUAUGUUGAUUAUGGUUUUCCUAAUGGAACUUGUCGUAAUUGGAUCUUACUUUAUCAGGAUUCUGUAGCAGUUUGUCGGCCAACGUAUGCUAUCGCAUGUGCAUCGUUAGCGAUAGCAGGAGCAUCAUUAUCGGUUAUUCUUCUUUGGCUAGCUGGUGGUUAUUUAUAUGUUCGUCGUCGACGUCUUGUUCCUAGUUUUGUUUCAAUAAUAGCUCUUUUAACAUUAUUGAUUUUUUGGAUAAGUGCAGUCAUAUGGAUUGUUAUGAUUACAAUGAAUCGUGAUGAAAAUUUAAAAAUUCGCCGAGAAAAUAUUGGUUUUUCCACAUGGAUUGCCGUUGGUGCAAGUGGUGGUUAUUUACUUGCUUUUAUAGCAUUUGUUCUUUAUCGUCUUCUGCUUCGUCGUCGAAGGUAUGUUAAAGGAACUGAUCCAAAUUCACGUCGAUUUUAA